AUGGAAGUUCUUGAUGAGAACACAGUCACAGACCAGCUUCAGUAUCGAUACGGUAGAGGUCAAAUCUACACAUAUGUUGGGGACAUCUUGGUUGCAGUCAAUCCUUUCCAUCAAAUGGACAUUUACACUCCUCAGUACACUAAGAUGUACAUAGGGGCGAAGCGUACAGCAAACCCACCACACAUCUUUGCAGUGGCUGAUAUUGCCUACCAGUCUAUGGUUUCAUACACUGCAGAUCAGUGUGUUGUGAUCAGUGGAGAAAGUGGAGCAGGGAAAACAGAGAGCGCUCAUCUGUUGGUGCAGCAGCUGACCGUACUUGGAAAGGCCAACAACCAAACACUCCAGGAGAAAAUCCUCCUGGUCAACGGCCUGGUGGAGGCGUUCGGAAAUGCCUGCACCGCCAUCAACGAUAACUCCAGCCGCUUUGGCAAAUACCUAGAAAUGAAGUUCACUCGUGGAGGAACGGUGGUCGGAGCCCAGAUAUCUGAGUAUCUGCUGGAGAAAUCCAGAGUCAUCCACCAGGCGAUAGGCGAGAGGAACUUCCAUAUCUUCUACUACAUUUAUGCUGGCCUCGCUGACAGGAAGAAACUCGCCCACUACAAGCUCUCUGACAGCAAAACCCCAAAGUAUUUGUGUAACGAGCCCAUUAAAGUAGGGCCUGACAUCAUUAACAACGCCUCCUUCAAAGAGCAGUUUGAUGCAGUGGAGCAGUGUUUCAAAGUUAUUGGAUUCACCUUGGAGGAGCUGGGCAGUGUUUACAGUAUUCUGGCUGCAAUCCUCAACACUGGUGACAUUGAGUUUACUGCAGUUGCCUCGGAGCAUCAAACAGACAAGAGCAACAUCACCAACGUUUCUGUCCUGGAGAAUGUGGCGUCUCUGUUACGUAUCCGCACAGACGAGCUCCAGGAGGCCCUUACGUCCCACUGUGUUGUGGCCCGGGGAGAAACAAUCGUCAGGCCCAACACGGUGGAAAAAGCGGUGGAGGUGAGGGACGCCAUGGGCAAAGCUCUCUACGCCCGACUCUUCAGCUGGAUCGAUGAGUACCUGAAUGAAGAGGUCGACGCUCGGAUGAUCGAGUACGAGGACAACCGGCCUCUCCUGGACCUGUUCCUGCAGAAACCCAUGGGCUUGCUCUCACUGCUGGAUGAAGAGAGUCGGUUCCCGCAGGCCACUGAUCAGACGCUCGUAGAGAAAUUUGAGGACAAUCUCAAGACGAUAACUUUCUGGAGGCCGAAGAGAGUGGACCUCGGCUUUGGGAUUCACCACUAUGCUGGAAAGGUGAUUUACAACGCUGCUGGGUUUUUGGCCAAGAACAGAGAGAUGCUCCCAGCAGAUAUCAUCCUGCUGCUGAGGUCGUCAGAGAACGAGCUCGUUCGCAAGCUCGUCACUCACCCUCUCACCAAAACAGGCAACCUUGCCCACACUAAGGGCAAAGGCAUGAACACGAUGCGAACUCCGCGGACUCCGACUCGGACGAUGACUUUGGCCAAGCCAAUAGAAUCUGGAGACACUCCUUACCAUCCCAGAGAAACAACCAACAUGAAAACACAGACGGUGGCCUCCUACUUUAGAUACUCACUGAUGGACCUGCUGUCCAAAAUGGUGGCGGGGCAGCCUCACUUUGUGCGCUGCAUCAAACCCAACAACGAUCGCCAAGCCAACAAGUUUGACCGAGAGAAGGUUCUGGUUCAGCUGCGAUACACUGGUGUUCUGGAAACGGCCAAGAUCAGACGGCAGGGAUACUCUCACCGUAUUCAUUUUGCUAAUUUUGUAAAGAGGUACUACAUCCUGGCUUUCAGUGCUCACGAGCAGCCACCUUCGACUCCAGAAACAUGUGCUGCCAUACUGGAGAAGGCCAAACUGGAAAACUGGGUGAUGGGAAAGACUAAAGUGUUCCUAAAGUACUACCAUGUUGAACAUCUGAAUCUGAUGGUGCAGCAGGCCACACAUCGAAUCAUCCUGCUUCAAGCCUGUGUCCGAGGCUGGCUGGGAGCCAAACGGUACCAGCGGAUGUUAAAAGAGCGAGAACAGAGUGCUCUGGUGCUACAGUCAGCUUACAGAGGACAUAAAGUUCGAAAGAAAGUGGCAGAUGACAAAAGCCAAGCGAAGUUGGACACCUUCAUUGUUCAGUUUCAGGCUGUUUGCAGGGGGCAUCGUGCGAGAAAGAAAUACAAGGAGUUGGUAGAUGAGAAGAAUAAAGCAGCAACAAAGAUCCAAGCUCGCUACAGAGGGCACAAAGAGAGGAAAAGCUUCCAACGAAAACGGGAAGCAAAAGAGCAUGAAAAGUCACUGAAGGAAAAGGAGGAACCAUUGCCAGAACCAGAAAAAAACAACUCUGAUGAAAGAACCUCCAAUGAAGAAAACAAUGAGGAGGAUGAAGCAAAAGCUGCUGUGGUUCUUCAGAGUAACUAUCGGGGUUACAAGGAGAGAAAGAAGUUUAAGGAGAGGAAUAAAACAAUGGCUGGUGCUGAGACUGAGUUACUGACUGAAAGCACUGAAGAAAAGGAGGGAAACGAGCCAAACAACAUGGAAGAGGACCUGGGGAACGCUGCUAAUAAACAAGACGAUGACGAGGAUGAAAGUACCUAUAAGGCUGAGGAGAUCGAUGAUAGCGAUCAUACUCUGGCACCAGAAGAUGAGGAGCACACAGAAGUGGGAGAGGAUGAUGUGAUUCAAAAUGCAGAACAGGAAACUGUGAAGGAGAACAAACAGGAGAAGACUCCAGGGAUUGAAGCUGUCAACUUAGAAGAUGAAACCAAGGCAGCCACGGUUAUCCAGAGUAACUUCAGAGGUCACAAAGAGAGGAAGAUGUUGAAGGAGGAAGGCAAGAUACCAAAUAAGAUACAGCAGGGAAGCAGCGCUGCAGGUGACAAGCAAGAAAUCUGCAGCGAAGAGACAAAAUCAAAAGGAGCUCAAGUUGCUGCAGAUGUUUCUUCAAAUGACAUCAAGUUGGAUGACCCAGAUGAGACCAAAGCAGCUGUUGUGAUUCAAAGCAACUUUCGUGGCCACAAGGAGCGCAAACGACUCAAAGAGGAAGGCAAUAUACCCAAGGAAAAGAAGAAGGAUCCUACGCAGGAAGAGAAUGUGGAGCAGAAAGAAGAACAAAUGCCAGAAUUACAGGAGGACAUUUUGUCUGAUAAUCCAGGUGAACCAGAUGAGGAAAAAGCAGCUACGGUCCUACAGAGUAAUUUCCGAGGCCAUCGAGACCGAAAGAAGCUGAAAGCUGAGAAAGAAGUGCAAGAAAAAGCCAAAGAGGAAAAUAUUUUCAGUGAUUCAGAACAAGAAAUUAAAGAUGAAAGCCAAAUGUUGGAUGUGAGCGAUGUGGUGAUUGAGCGUAAAGAAGAAACAGAUGCCGAAAAAGACAAUCAGGAGGAAGAAGACGCUGCAGUGAAGCUUCAGAGUAACUUCAGGGGAUACAAGGACAGGAAGAACCUGAAGACCAACAAGGAGGCAGCCAAAAAUGAAGCAGAGCAGCUGAAAAACUUCUCAGAAGAGAUUGCAGAAACUUCUCAAGACUUUGCAGCCCUGCAGCAGAAGCUGAAUGAGAUUAUCCAGGCCCAUCAAUCAAAUCCUGAAAACAAUGGCAUGUUUGUGAGAGGGAAAGCAAUCAAUGACUAUGCCCCACAGAUUCAGUCAGCAUGA